AUGGAGGGAUUUCCUUCCAAAGGUAUCCUGCAGAGCGAGUCUCUAAGAAAGUACAUCUUGGACACUAGUGCAAGUCCCAGAGAGCAUGAGCAACUCAAGGAACUAAGAAAAGCUACAGCAGAAAAGUAUGGAAAUUUCGUUGAGGCUUGUGUGCCAGUUGAUGAGGGACAGUUCUUGUCUAUCCUAAUGAAACUUAUCAAUGCUAAGAGGACAUUAGAGGUUGGUGUGUUCACAGGCUAUUCUCUUCUAACCACAGCUCUUGCACUUCCUGAUGAUGGUCUGGUAACGGGAAUCGAUACGCUUACAGAACCUUUCAGUGAAGUUGGAUUGCCAAUCAUUCGCCAGGCAGGGAUGGAACACAAAAUUAAGUUCAUCCACUCCAAUGCUGUUUCAGCUCUAGAUGAAAUUCUUAGCAAUGAGGAAGAUACUGCAGGAUUCGAUUUUGCGUUUGUAGAUGCAGACAAGGCCAACUAUAUUCGAUACCAUGAACAACUAAUGAAACUUGUUAAGGUUGGAGGUCUAAUUGCAUAUGAUAACACUCUCUGGUUCGGACUCGUGAGCCAGGAAGAAGAAGAAGUGCCAGAACAUUUAAGGGAUCAAAGGAAGUCUAUAAUGGACUUCAAUACAUACAUAAGCUCAGAUCCUUCUGUUGAGAUUGCUCAAGUUUCUAUUGGUGAUGGUCUUACAUUGUGUAGGCGUCUCUACUGACAAAAUAUAUUUACUAAUAGAAUAUAAAAUAGUAGUAAUGGUAAUGAGGAAUGAGUGAAUUCAAUAAACAGUAAGUUUUAUCUUCAUUUUAGCUUGCAAAAUUUUCACGAUAUUUUCUAGUCAUUCGUGGUUUUUUUUUUUUUUUACAUAAAACCCACAACUGGAAACAAACCCACCACCACACCCUCUAAGUGAUAGCCUCCAUUAUUGCAGGAAUGCAGGGCCUAAAUCAGCAAUAUUAUGUUUUGGUUCCAACUACUCAUUUCUUGAGCAACAAUACAGACUGAACUUGAUCUUCAAACUGAUGAAGAAACAGGAACAGAGCAAAUUUGAGCUCCUACCUUGCGCUAACUGAAGCAUGAAGCAUCCUUCCCUGAAGAAAGUAGUAAUCUUUUCACUACCAUCAUGUCAACUAGAUCACAAAAA